AGUGGUCAACCGGGGCGAACAAAGCCGUUCCGGAACUAGUGGUGAGUAGACGCGUUCUCGGAAGUAAAUUCGAAAUUCACACGAUGGUCAAGCUGGUGAUUGUGGCCGUGGUGGUGUGCCUUCAGCUGGCUCAAUCCGUCCCGGUGGCCCCGGUAGUCAAAGCUGUUGAACCUGCCAACGAGGAUACGCUGGCCCGUUCCGUAUCCGGUGAAUCUUCGGUGCUGUCCGAGUUUGAUCGGCUGUUCAACCAGCUGCACUAUGACAUCGACUACAAGCUGCGCAUCUACCGGAUGAACUUUUCUCGCUCUAUUAAGAACCUCAACGCCCAGUUCAUCUCCCGGUACGGUUUCGUGAUCACCGACAUCCAGCACGUGAAGCAGCAAGCCAAGGAUGCCAUUUUGGAGCAUGCCCUGGACGUGAUCGGGGACACCCAGAACCCGUGCAUCGUGGCGUCGAACGACGAAGCGAUCCGUCGGGCUACGCAAGCUGCCCGUGACCUGAGCGUCGUGUCCGAGCGAGCCUACGGAUCGCUGGCACUGUACUCACGAAUUCUCGUCCGUCCGUACAUCGAUGCGUUCCAGGAUGUUUCCAGCGGCUUCCAGAGCACCGUUUUGGGACAGCUCGCCCAAAGGAAUGCGGUGGUAGGUUUGCAGGACAUUCUGGCCGAUUUGGCGUUCCAGUAUCUGGGCACACCCUUUUUCGUGGACUUGGUUGCCAUUUCGUUGGACAACCAGCUGGAGGUGUUCGAGCUCUUCAUGAACGCUCUGCGUCGCGACGUGUUCAAAAGCGUCGACGACAUUGCCCGUGACUACAUUUACAACAUGGGACAGCUGAUCGAGGAAGCGCAACAGUGCGCGUAAGGUGGUUGAGAGUUGAAACUUUGUUCUUGUUUGUUGAAAUAAAAGUCUUCCUAUCGUUU